AUGGACCAGCCGAUGACCCACUACUUCAUCGCCAGCUCACACAACACCUACCUGACGGGAAAUCAGCUGACCAGCCAAAGCAGCGUCGACAUGUACCGAAGCGUCCUCCUGGAGGGCUGUCGCUGUGUGGAAAUUGACAUCUGGCACCGAGGCAACAUGCCCGUGGUGACCCAUGGCCACACACUGACCUCCCAAAUCAGCCUCCUCGACGUCCUCACGACCAUCAACGACUUUGCCUUUGCCCGAUCACCAUUUCCGCUAGUACUUUCAAUUGAAAAUCACCUCGAGGUGGAGCAGCAGAAGAUCAUGGCUCAGCUGCUGAAGAAGGUCCUCGCGGACAAGCUGUUCACCGGGGCGAUCAGCCCAAGUGAAACGACCUUUCCCUCUCCAGAGCAGUUUAAGUGGAAGAUUUUCAUCAAGGGAAAGAAGAUACCGGAGGAGUACUUUGAGGACGGCGGUGGUGAUGACCUGCCGCCCUCAUACGAUGAACUCUUUGUCAUUCCAAAAGCGGAUCCAAACGAGAGAAGCUUUAAAAGACCUCAAUACUCGCCAAAAUCGCAGAUCAGGUUUCAAGCACAAUCUAAAGGAAUCAGCGUUGAUCAAAGUACACGGCACACUUCUUACACCUCCUCACAUCUCGAAACUAGCGACUUUAGUGAAAGGGAACAUUUGGGGGGAUGUCCUUAUUUUGACGCUUUGCCCACAGAAGUGCCCGUACAGCCUGUUUCUUUUUUUCGUAGUGUGCCACGUAAUCUACCUGACCUUGAGCCAACAGACAAACCACAACAGCAAACUAAACUCCGAUCAGACUCACAGGAAGAAACUAAAGCAAGCCUUGACUUGAAGAAGAAGCCAAAAACUAAAAAGACCUCAGCUAAAUCAAAACUUCUAGACCAGGAGUUCUCUGACAUGGUCACCUACUUUCAGGCACGGAAGUUUACGCACUUUUCAGAGUGCAAAACCUUCAAAUUCUACGAAAUGAUCUCCCACUCUGAGGGCGGCUCAACGAAAGUAAUCAGAUCAAAUCGACACGCUUACCGCCGUUUCACCUCUACAAACAUGGUCAGAGUUUAUCCAAACGGUCUUCGAGUAAACUCCAGCAAUUACUGCCCGUUGAAACACUGGGCCGCCGGAGCUCAACUGGUUGCCCUCAAUUAUCAAACUUUAGGGCUGACUGAAAAGUACACACCCAUGCUGCUGAAUCAAGCACUUUUCCGCCUAAAUGGAGGCUGUGGUUACAUUAUGCUCAAGAGUAAUCGGGGCCUGCUUGGGCUGUACACUAUUUCAGUAGAGGCAAUGCAAGAAGGGUACAGAAGAAUUACACUGGUGAAUGAAGAUUUUAAGGAGAUUGAGGCAACCAGCAUUCUAGUUCAC